AUAUAUCUGGAUCGUCUCCAAGCGACACUCUGACCACGUUGGUUGUUUGUUUGGCAGUUGGCAAUAUCACGCCAAAAGUUUGACAAGGAUUUCAUAUCACCUGGCCUGCUAUCUUCGAUCCACAAGGACUUCACUUUACACUUUCAACGCAGAUUCAUCGUCAUCAAAGGGUGAAUAGUUGGUGGUUUGCCAAUGUCGAGGCCACUUCUAUUAGUUUCGUUGCUAUUGUUGAUGGUGUUCACUUCUCAGUUUGAAUGGAACCAACACAUUGUAAAUGAGGUCGAAGCAAGGCCGUUGGCUCUUUCACAGAAGCAGCAGUAUAUAUUAGAGAGGGAAGAAUCUGUCAAAGAGAAGAUAAUCCUAUCUCAAGAGAAGCAUAUUCAGAAACUUAAAACACUAGUGCAGAAUCUUCAAGAACAGUUGCUGGCAUGCAGGGGCAAAGAUGAGUAUGUAAAUGACACUACAGGAUCUUUGACCGAGCCUCUAAAUGGACUAAAUCAUCAGCAAAUCAUGGAGUAAUCAAGAUUGCUUUCUUUGUGUAUCAAUGGAGGAAUUUUAGCUUUUUUACGCGGUUUGAUAAACAUAUAAAGCAUAACACAAUAUCCCUGUUAUCUUGUUUGAGGACCUCUAAAAACAGGUUAGUCAUCAAAAUCUUAAUUAGUGAGCCUUAAUUACAUCAACCAUAGAAUGGGCCUGCACCUUCAUAAAUUAUGAUCUUAAGGCUGCACUUAUAUUAAUAGUUGGCAGUCUGUGUGUGUAUUGAAGAGCUUUGAAAUUACAUGUGCACAUUCAACACUCUAUGCUAUAUACCGUUUAAAAUUUCCCCCCAAAAAAGUUGCAAAUUUUGCAAGUUACAUGUAUUCGAGAUGUUUUUCUUAAAGUCGGUUUAAUUAAGGCGGGUAACACGUUACCAUCGCUAUUUAUUUGUGUAUCGUGACAACUAACACAUUGUCAUUGUAUCUAUAUUGCACACUAAUUAAGGAUCAUUUAAUGA